CCAUUACCACCAUCUUCCCCUUGUGGUAUGUGUUCACUUCUCCCUUCUUCCUUUUCCUCUUCUGUUUCAGAGCUUGUGGCAUCUCUUUCCUGUUCGCCAUUGCUGUCCCAGUGAGUGUGGUUUUGAUGGCAGCAAGUUCCAGAGCAAGUGUGGGACUGGUGUAAAAUCUGUCCGUGUACAAGUCGUACCCCAUAUUCGCGAUUGGCUCCAUCAGUAGGAAUUUGAGGACCGGAGUUGGCCGAGAAAGGUGGGGUAGAUGGAGCUGGAAUUUCACCUAUGGUUAAAAAUAUUUUCCCAGGUCUCUCUGACACAGAUCAGCUACAUAUAUCAUUUCGUAAAUGCAUUCAGUAUACUAUACCUGCAGUCUGUCUCCAAACAGCAUCAUUCAUAUCUUCACUUUCUUCAGUACUAUCAUCUUCACUCUCUUCAUUUUCACUAACUUCACUAUCACUCUCUUCCUCUAUAUCUGACCAAUUCGCGAGUACUUCCUCCGCCUCCAUUUCCUACCCGACAAAGAACGGGAGAGAUCGCGGCUGCUCACUGCGCACGCGCGAUCAAAGUUGCCGCCGCCCCCUGACCUUAUGAACUCUGCUAGCUAGCAUCAGUAGCUCCCAGGUGAACACGGCUGACUGUUGGAUGGCGGUAG